CGCUUGCCAACUAUUGAUUUUAAUUUCUUAACGAACUGUUGUAUUUGGCUUGUCGUUGGAGCUGAAAGCGCGUAAAUAUUUUAACGUCGCAAAAAACAAACUUUGUUGUAAAAGAUAGUUGUACAAAAAAGUGCAUUUCAAGAAUAAGAAAAACAAGGAUUUUUGAGUUUAAAGUAUUUAUUUCGGAGACAGUACACCUAGAAAGUCUCUAAAAUGGAUUCAAAUAUUCAGCAUUUCUUCCGCGAUAAAGUGGUAUUCAUAACCGGAGGCACUGGAUUUCUAGGAAAAGUUUUAUUGGAGAAACUUAUUCGCACAACGGCAGUGAAGACUAUUUAUAUGCUGGUAAGACCAAAGGCUGGGAAAGAGGUAGCGGAACGACUUGAUGACAUUUUUAAUGACCAACUUUUUGAAAAACUGUAUCAAACCAAACCACUAUUCAGAGAUAGUAUUAAAUUAAUUGCUGGCGAUUGUAUGGAACCCAAUUUGGGCAUAUGCACUGAUGAUCGUCAGGAAUUGACACAGAAUGUUGAAGUGAUUAUUCAUAGUGCAGCCACAGUGCGAUUUAAUGAAGCUCUAAGUAUAGCGACAAAGAUUAAUGUGCGAGCAACUCAUGAUCUCCUAAACCUAGCCAAAGAGAUGAAGGCUUUAAAGUCCUUCGUGCAUAUCUCCACAGCCUUUGUGAACUGUACGGCCAUACACUGUGAUGAACGCUUUUACAGCGAUAAGUUAACCAUAGACGGGGAGAAGUUGCUUAACCUCUUGAAUGGCUCGGAAAAAGAGCCUUUAGAUGCAAUGACUAAACAGCUGGUGGGUCAAUUUCCCAACACCUAUACCUUUUCCAAAUGCAUAGCUGAGGAUAUUGUGCGGAAGCAAGGCAAUACUUUGCCACUGUGCAUAUGUAGACCUGGUGGAGUUGUUUCAAUGGCUGAAGAACCCCUGCCGGGAUGGGUUAGUCAUUUGCAAGGUGCAGUGAGUGCAGUAUUUUGGGCUGGCAAUGGAAUGUUAAGAGUUUUACACGGCAAUGGUCAUAAUCAUGCAGGUUUAGUACCAGUUGAUUAUUGUACCAAUGCAAUACUGGCGGCCGCUUGGUAUACUGCCUCCACUUAUGAUUCAAAGUCUCCCAAGGAUGUCAUGAUCUACAAUUUGGUUCCGGAUGAAACUAACCGUGUAAAGUGGAUCUCCUAUUGGGAAAUGAUGUAUAAACACAUCAGUCACUCGCCUUUUUCAAAAAUGAUGUGGCAGCCAUUCUUAUUUUUUGUACCAAAUAAAUGUUGGUAUGAGUUGUUGACUUUUAUCUUUCACACUUUGCCUGCUUACACCUUGGAUGGUUUUUCAAGACUGAUGGGAAAAGAAGCCAAACUGGUAAAAAUCAGCAAAAAAAUGUAUACAUUAGCCAGUGUAUUGAGACACUUUAUUGUUAAUGAAUUUAUCUUUGGUACUACGAAUACUAAGAUCCUUUGGCAAAAAAUGUCAAUAGAUGACCAGAAGUUGUAUAACUUUGAUAUGAUACCGCUGGACUGGGAUACAUUUUUCUCUAAUCUGGCCGCAGGCUUGAGAAAAUAUAUUGCUAAAGAAGAUCUAAAGACUAUACCACAAGCUAGAGCAAAGUGGAACAGGUUCUACAUCUUUAACGUGGCCCUUAAUGGAUUUUUGGUUGUCGGAUUACUGUGGAUUAUAUGCAAAACUGCUUUAUUUAUUUAACUAUGGAAUAAAUCUAUAUAUACAAAAGUUAA